CACCCGGCAACCCAAACUCCUUUUCUCUCUUUUGGGGCUUCUUUUGUACUGUAGAGUAGAGUAUACCCCUCUCUAUCUCUCCACCCUCUUUAUCUAUCCCUCCCUCUUUCUCUCUCUCAUGGUUUAGUAUACAGUGUCUUGUUUGUAAGCAUCUCUCUUUGUCCUUUCUGCAUUGCCCAUUUCAGCUUCUUUUGUUUCUCCCUGCGGGCCUGGCUUGAUAUUUUCUUUAUUUUCUUGUUUCUAAAAAGUGGAGUGGAAAUAAUCUCAAACUGAGUUUUCUUGGUUAGACUUGUCCUGCUUUUGGAAUAAUAAUAAAACCCAAGAUGCCAAAGAACUUUGAAUUUCUUCAUGUCCGCAAUUUCUUGAUUGCCUGAGAAAGAAACAGAUGAUUCUGUCUGUCCCUCCCCAUUUGGUAGUGAAUCGCAUUCCCUCGUGUUCUUCAAGUGGAAAGGAGCUUCCUUUCUUUAUUCUUGCUCCCUAAACCCACAAAUUACAAGGAAUUACCACCGCCUCCCUCUCAUUAGCUUGGGAUAAUUUGAUCUUUGGUGAUAUACACACGGUUUAUCUUAGGGACCUUUCUAAACUGCACUUAAUUCUCUUGUAUGAAUUUCUGAAACAAUGAGAGAUGGCAAUUCCAAGAAAACAAAGUUUUCAAGGACCAAGACUCUGGUCAAGAAAUGGUUCAACAUCAAGAGCAAAGCUGAUGACUUUCAUGCAGAUGAUUUAGUCUCUGGAGGCGUUGUUGAUGAUGAACGGAAGGAAAAAUAUCUUGAAAGGGUGGCAAGCACUGUCAAGAAAAGUAAACCAGAGAAGACAACCAAAAGGAACUUCGAACGAGUGCGACAAAGUAAAAUUGAUAUUGAUGCCUCACAGGUUAUAGAUGUUAAUAACUAUAGGAUAUUUGUAGCCACAUGGAAUGUUGCCGGAAAGUCACCCCCUAGCAAUUUAAGUCUUGACAAUUGGCUUCAUACUUCACCACCUGCUGACAUAUAUGUUCUGGGGUUUCAAGAAAUUGUUCCGUUAAAUGCUGGAAAUGUGUUGGGGACAGAAGACAAUGCACCCGCUAAGAAAUGGCAAGCCCUCAUUCGGAAAACAUUAAACGACCUUCCUGGCACAAGUGGAAGUUGUUACACACCUUCCCCUAUUCCUAAUCCCAUUGUGGAAAUAAAUGCUGACUUUGAAGGUUCAACAAGGGAGAGAGCUUCAUCCUUCUACCAUCGCCACUCAUUUCAAUCAUCGAAUGGCAUGGCAACACCCCCACAAUCUAAAGGUGACCGUCGGUUUAGUGUAUGUGAUAGGAAUAGUGAUUAUGAGCCAAAUGGCUGUUGGGAUGAUUUAUCCGACGAUGAGUACUCUCCUGAUGAGUAUUACCCAGUUUCUUGUAAUGGUUCUAUGGAGGAAAGGGACAAAAACCCCAGGUACUGUUUGGUUUUAAGCAAGCAGAUGGUUGGAAUUUUUAUGUCCGUGUGGAUAAAGUCGGAUCUAAGGAAAAAUGUUCGCAACCUGAAAGUAUCUUGUGUUGGUAGAGGCUUGAUGGGUUAUCUUGGAAACAAGGGAUCAAUCUCAGUUAGCAUGUCUUUGCACCGAACAAGCUUCUGCUUUAUCUGCAGUCAUUUAACUUCUGGACAGAAGGAAGGUGAUGAGCUUCGGAGGAACUCUGAUGUUAUGGAGAUUCUCAAGAAAACAAGAUUUCCUAGAGUUAACGGCAUGGGGGACGAGGAUUCUCCUCAAUCAAUCCUUGAGCAUGAUCGAAUUGUAUGGCUAGGGGAUUUGAAUUACCGGAUUGCCCUAUCUUACCGAACUGCAAAGACGCUAGUUGAGAUGCGAAAUUGGAGGGCUUUACUGGAAAAUGAUCAGCUAAGAAUAGAGCAGAGAAAUGGCCAUGUCUUUACUGGAUGGAGUGAAGGACAAAUAUUUUUUCCUCCUACAUAUAAAUAUUCAAGUAAUUCAGAUAGAUAUGCAGGGGAUGAUUAUACACAUUCGAAACGAAGAACACCAGCAUGGUGUGAUCGUAUAUUAUGGUUCGGUGGUGGGCUCCAUCAAAUAUCUUAUGUUCGUGGAGAGUCCAGAUUUUCAGAUCAUAGACCGGUUUGUAGUGUAUUCUUAGCAGAAGUUGAGUCCAUUAACCAUAACCGGUUCAGGAAAAGCUUCAGCUAUUCGAGCUCUAGGAUAGAGGUUGAAGAAUUGUUGCCACGAUCACACAUAAAUGGCGAAUGGAAUUACUAUCAGUAAGGAAGAGCCUAAAAAAUCAUGGACAAGAAAUGAAAUCCUUUCAAGUCCAAAUUCAGCACCACUCAUCAUCAUGUACGAAAUGGAUUUUGGUGUUUUGGGGGACCAUUUUACCUCUCACGAGUAACUCGGUUCUUUGGAAAUCCAAUUUGCUCAUAGGUAAUUAUAACGCCAUUUUUUCGGCCUUUAAGGAUUUUUACGCAGUUUGCAGCCAUUAUCAACCUGUAAGUAGAAAAGAACCACUGCAGCUGUGGAUUGUAUUACAAGCUACUAAUUUCUGGUAAAAAAAUUAUUCCAGGAUCAAGUCAGAGAAUCCAUCACACCCAUGCUGUAGCUGAUCGAUCCAUCGGCAAGUCAUUUGACAACGUGCCGUGAAGAAAAGCAUAGUUUAUAGUUUUAAGAAUAGUUUAUUUAAGAAUAGUUUAUAGUUUUAUAAGAGAAGGAAUAUCAGUUGUUUAUACUUUUUAGGCUUUUAGCAGAGAAUCAAAGAUUGAAUGUCCUUGUACUUGAAAUGAAAAAGGGGUUACUCGGCCUUUCCCAGAAUAUUAACAACAUUUACUUUUAGUACAACUUUUGUGAAUUAAAAUAAAAUAAAAUAAAAUAAGCGUGUUUUACUU